UUUUCUCAAUCCUUUCUCUCUCUCUACAAAAGGAAAUCCCCAAAGAAAAAAGUGAACCUUUCCUAUUAAUAAGCGUCUCCCUUAAAUUUCUCUCUCCAAACUUCCUCUCUCCUGACUUUCUCUCUCUAAGCAAGCAGCAUUCUCUCUAGACUCUGGACUUUCUCUCUCUAAGCCCCCCCGUCUCUCUCUCUGUGGCGGCUCAACUGAAGCCCUAAAAAUCGACCCAUCACGAAGGCAUUUCUCAGUGCCAGAGGUUUCAGAAACCCUAAAAGGAGAGAGUUGCAGAAACCCUAAAAAGCAGGUAUUUUGCAGAGGGAUACGGCAACGGAAAUAUCUUUGAGAGGCCUGCAACUUUCACCGCAUCAUUACGGGCUCAGGGAGAAGACUUUCACAGGUCGCAUUAAAAUUGCAGCGAGGCUAGUGGUUGAAGCUUUCAAGUGGCCAGGAGUGAAUUCUUUUGCACAUUUCCAGGGUUUGAAAGGCCUCAAUGCUACUGUACUGUAUUUGUUAAUGACUCCACUGUAGAAGAGAAUAAGGGGAAAGAGGGAGAAAUACAGAGUGUGUUCACGAGAGUGACAGUGCGCUACAGCAGAAGGAGGAAUAUAAAAAGUCACUUCAGCGCUGUAAAGUUUAUCACGAGGCCGUGGCAGGGGUUUUCUUCUCUCUCUUAAUAGGAAACAGAAAAGUUAGAGAUAGAGAGAAAGAGGAGAAACUGAAAAGCAAGGGGAAAGAGGCGGGUUGUUUUAGCGUUUUUCAGUUUUCACCGCUGCCUUCUCUUUCUCUCUGUAAAACCCAUCUUCUCUGCAAUGGCAGAGCCCCAUUCCCCUCUGUUUUUAUCCCUAAAACCAUCUCCCAUCCCAUAAUACCCCAUUGCCGGUGCUUCUCUUUCUUCCUCAAUACCAGUUCAUGAUUCUAUUUGUAUGUUUCUCUCUCUAGAGCAUUCUUCAGCUGAAGAAAAUUCUACUCUCUCUAUCGCCAUUGAAAUACAGUCCAUAUUGAAGUAUCAGUAGAGUUGUCCACUGCUUCUACUCGUCUCUCUCUCUCUAUUUCUUCUCUCGGUACCUGUACACUGCUUUUUUUGGGCUUCCAUCGUAUCUCUCUGAGUCGUGCGCCCAUUUUUUCUCUCUCUAAAACCUUUUUUUCUCAAGGUCUCUUUCACGAGCUUUGGUAUUUUCUCUCUACGAUUUUUAGUUUCCAUGCUUGUUCUCUUUCACGAGCUUUGGUAUUUUCUCUCUAUGAUUUUUAGUUUCCAUGCUUUUUUGACUCUGUAAGGUAUUUUCUGUCUAUGAUUUUUAGUUUCCAUGCUUUUUUGACUCUGAAAGGCUCUCUUCCUGCAUGACUUUCGAUCUGUCUAGCUCUAAGUCCCAAAAUUUCUCAUUAAAUCCUCCCAUCCUAUCUGUUUAUCUCUCUGGACCUUGUCCAAUGAUCUUCUCUCCUCUCUCUCUCUAAAGCCCAUUAGUCCCCUCCCAUCAAAACCAUGGGGCGCGCAACCAGGUGGCUCAAGAGCCUCUUUGGUGUGGGCAAAAAAGAGCAAAAGGACCAAACGGACCGGAAAGACAAGAAGCGCUGGGGAUUUGCCCGGGAUCCCCCACAAGACUAUCAGAUUCCGGCCAAACAGGGUCAGAUUCCGGUGCCUCCAAAUGAGAUUCCAUCCAUGGGGGCCGACACCUGGCUUAGGUCAUACAGGGACGCCUAUUACAACGAGAGAGAAAAGGAGCAAAACAAACACGCAAUAGCGGUGGCCGCUGCAACCGCUGCAGCCGCUGAUGCCGCGGUGGCUGCCGCUCAGGCAGCGGUUGCGGUGGUGCGGCUCACAAGCCACGGCCGCGGCACCAUGUUCAGCGGCGGCGUUGCUGGUUCACGAGAGCGGUGGGCCGCCGUUAAGAUUCAGACCGUUUUCAGGGGCUAUCUGGCGAAGAAGGCGCUCAGAGCGUUGAAAGGGUUAGUUAAGCUUCAGGCUCUGGUGCGAGGGUACUUAGUGAGAAGGCAAGCGGCCGCCACACUGCACAGCAUGCAGGCCCUCAUCCGAGCCCAGGCCACGGUCCGAACUCAACGAGCUCAUCGCUCCCUCCAGACCGAGCCAACGCGUCCUAGAAAAUCCAUUGAGCGCCAUGAGGAACCCUCUUUCCAUCACAGCCGUCGCCUCUCCGCAUCAACGGAGCCCGCCUUCUCCCUGGACGUGAUCGAGACACCCAAGAUAGUCGAGAUAGACACGUGUCGCCCGCGCACCUCCGACACUUGUUGCCCAUCCCGCGUGUCCGACACCUCUCGUCCGCGGACCUCGGACUCAUGGCGCAGGGGCCCGCCACCCUUGAGACCCACCCGCAAGAGGAACCCCUCAAUCUCAGACUCCACCUCAAAUUUCGACCAAAGCUUCUCGUCGGCACCCACUGAGCUUGCAUGGAUGGAGCCAGGGCACGCACUAAGCUCACCACUUGGCUCAUAUUAUGAGCCCGAUUGGACCAUGGGCUCGAACCUUCUCGCCCCAAACCUCGACGAGUGUCGGUUCUCGACUGCACAGAGCACACCUAGGUUCUCCAUUUCGGUGCGAGCGCCUAACACGCCGACAAAGAGCACUUGCGGGGAAAUGUCGUGUCAUUAUUCUGGCUCAAAGGGGUAUAUGGCGGAUACACAGUCAUUCAGGGCUAAAUUAAGGUCUCAUAGCGCCCCUAAACAGAGGCCAGAAGGGGGGUUAGGAUUUGGAAGGAAAAGGUAUUCGAUAGGGGGUGAAGAGGGGAGGUCGAGUCUGAGCGGCGCGAGGAUGCAGAGAUCGUGUUCGCAUGUGCAGGAGGCCUUUAGGAGCACGGUUGUGACGAGGCUCGAGAGGGUAGGGUUCGGACGUGAGCAGGGUCAGCAGUGCGGGCAUUGGUGACUCUGGUCCAUACGCUCUCUCUAUCUUCUUUACUUCCCUCUUUUCAUGAUCCUCUCUCGUAGUGCCACACUGGCACCAAAUUCGACAAUGCGAUUGGUGGUGGUUUUGGGCAGGCUGACUAACUCUACCCUGCUCUCUCGUUCUUUCUUGGCCCCCCAUCACUCUCUUCAGACGGAAGAUGGUGUGCGAAAUUGACAGUAAGGGCUGUAUUGAUGGGCCGACUAACUCGGCCAAUCUUUCUCUAUCUUUUUUUCUUUCACCAUUCCUCUGUAAUUGUUUGUGUAAAUUUCGUUUAAUUAUGCAAUUCGGUUCUGAAGUUGAGGUCACUCUGUUUACUCUCCUUGUGGUUUUUAAAGUGUUUUGUUAUACUAUUUUUGCUGAGUUACUCUUUC